GAUGGGCAUGUCUUGGGGUCCCAGCUCUCACUGAUGCCAUCGGCGAUUAUGAAGCAAUGCAUGCGAUAUUCAUAUACUGAGACACGCUGCCUCAAUACCUCGCUCAGAGCCCCCUCAACCCUCUCAUAGCUCCUCUCUUAAUCCGUCUGAUUAGUGCAGUGUGAACAUUUCUCCAAGCGCAUAUUUUCUAGCAAUGGCAACACUCCAGCUUCACGCGACUUGUAACAUACGUACAUUAGUCAUGGAUGCCUUCACGAAGAACAACUUUGCUAUGCAGAAGCCCGUAAUGAACCAGCCCAGCCUCCGGGACACUUCCUCCGAGCAAAUGCGCUCUCUGGUUUACCGUUUCGAAGUUACGUACGGUCUGUACGUCAUGGACUGUUGGGAAAAGAUUAUCAUCUACGCCUUUUUCGCAUUUACUCUCUCAUUUGCGCUCUGGCAAGCCAUUAUUCCGCUUUCCAUCAUAAGCUUCCGCGUGCUGUCGCGGCAGCUGGCGCUUGAGCCCACGAGCUUCUACAGCGUGCUCGAGCACUUGUCCUCCGGAAUGUACGGAACCAUUUACAUGGGACCGAUGCUGGAGGCUGUCAACGCCUCCGCUUCAAUCCAUCUAUGAGCGGAAUACCACGUGAAAACAGUUUUCGCUGCAGGAUGAGGACUUUAUGAUACCUUUCCGGUCCACUCCCAUUUAAUUGGUGAGGCACUCGUCGGCCCUGUCAAUGAGAGAGUGCCCUAACGUGGUCGCAGAUCAUUUACCAGUGUUUCGGAUAUCCAUAUGUGUUUCUUUCUUUUAA